AAUUUUGUUUCAAAAAUGACAAAAUAUAUAUUUUUGCAUCAAACCUUUCUUGUGAGGUUUAAAGUAAUUUUGCGUUUAAAUACCAAGUCGAAAGCGAAACGCCGAAUGAAAACCAAUUUUCCUCGGUCUUAACGAGAUCUGCUAAGAAGAUCAAGAUUCUGGCUAAAUUCAAGACAAUAUCAGAAUGUUUUUUGGGUACUGCAUCGUGUUGAUUUUACUAUCACGAGGCACCACCGGAAUCCAGAACGGCGUCGAUGCACGGCUUGAUCUCUGGACAUUUAUAGCCUCUGUGUGGGUAAAUGGCCAUCAAGAGUGCGGAGGCAGUGUCAUCGAUAAUCGUAUUAUCCUGACGGCAGCCCAGUGUGUGAAAGGUGGAACAAUUAUCGAAGUCACAGCGAUGAUAGUGCAUGAAAAGUAUCGAGAGUUGAACAACGACAUUGCGUUGCUGUGGCUCAAAACAUCUGCCACCUCCGAUAGAGUUACCAAAAUUCCACUGACCAACAGCGAGCCCUCUGAAAAAGAGUACCCGAGCAACGCAGGAUGGGGCGAAAAGCAACUGGAGACCUUUGUGGCGCCCAGAAAACUGCAAAACGGAGUUACCAAAAUCCAGCCACGAAAGCUUUGCAUCGAUGAGCUUAUCGAACCGAUUGGCAAUGGGCUACUCUGCUCCUUCUACAGCCAAAACGACAUUUGUCCCGGCGACUAUGGAGGUCCUCUGGUCCUGGCCAACAAACUGAUUGGCAUCGCCGUCCAAGGACAUGGCUGUGGAUAUGCCAAUCUGCCCUCCCUCUACACGAAUGUCUUUCACUACCUACGAUGGAUUGAUCAGAACUCCAAAAAUAUCAAGAAAAAUAAAUAGAAUAUUAGCUAAAGCGUUUAAAACAUAUUUAAGCAAUAUUUUUGAUCUAACAAACAAUUUAUUUUAUUUGUUUAACAAAUCAAAAUUAAAAGCAGUUAAUGCAAAUAUCAUUUAAAAAACUACAACUUUUCUAUUUUUGAUUCCCUUGAUUAUGACACUGUUUAUUUGAAAUAAAGAGAAAUUCAGGUAA